AGAGCAUGUCAAUCUGGCUCUACAUUCGGACCGGUCGGGCCAUUUACGAUUUACAUCUCGAUUUUGCGUCUUGUAUUCAGUCUUAUCGGAGAGAAUUGACUGAUCACUCUCUCUACUGUGAUAUCUGCGUUGCACUCGUCGCUAGCUUAUCGCGGUUCAAAGGUCAGAUGAUAAACGACGAGAUAGAUCAGGACCUUGUUUCCUAGAAAGCUGUGGACGAAAUCUCCCUUCAGGAACGCCAUGACACAAGCGUGACAAGCUAACUCAGCACCGCUAAACCCAAGAUUCCAAGGCUGCCUGAGUGCUUAUCUCGUACUUUGUCCCUUUCUUGAUAGCGACCUUGGCAACCUUCGGUGCGGGGGUUCCAGAAGCACUCAAGUCUUCCUUUUCACAACGUCCCAUGUCCACCCGAGGAUCAAGAUGCUGACUUCAUGCAAUUCCAAUGGAUGACGCAGGUAUGACUUUUGUUGGACAAAUGUGAGCAUGGCUGAAGUUGCCGUGCGCGAACGUCGCCGAGUCGCGAACGCGUGUUUGAGAUGCCGCCAGCACAAGAUCAAGUGUUCUGGCUCGCAGCCGUGCAGACGAUGCGAUUACCGUGGUUUGGAUUGCGUCUUUGGCGCGGAUGAUAAGAAAGUGGUGGUUUCGGAGAGGUUUCUGCAGGAACUCAAAAGCAGAGUCGUGGAACUCGAAAGCCAACAACGAGGUUCAUCGACCUUGAUAACGGCCUCGCGUGGACAUACGUCCCAAUCGCCCGAUGGCAGCCGCAGUGCUGACAAUAACACAACCACCAUCAACGACACCACCCAGUUUGAACAUUCGGUCUACGACGAUAGGGACGCUACGGAGCAAGACGAGACCGCGACGUGGAAUGGCCUGACCCCGCGGGACGGACAGGCGCUGGACGAAAACCGGUCUCAAGACGAACCCGGCACUCCUGAUGAUUACUCUGGCGUGGUCAACCCGCUGGUCAGAGACCAAGCGGCGUAUAUCUCGAUUUCCGGACGAUUGCGGUACCUGGGCCAUUCGUCGACCUGGUCUUUUACGCAGCAGGUACUGGAACUGGCACACCAGAGCCCGCUGUCCAAAAACCGGGUGCCUCGCGGUGAGAUGUACGUCGAGGGAGAUGCUUACAGAUUGCCGUUUGAAGAAUUAUACCACUUUACAGAAUCCGACAUGUCCGGUCUGCCUUCGCUAGACGUAUCGUUGUACUACCUGCAGUCCGUCAAAUUCCGAACUAAUCCUUUGUUUUACCUGUUUGAUGAGCACGAGUUCACCAAGUCGGUGCACGAGUUCUACAAGAGCCCAUUGCUGUACGCUCGAGCCAAACCGAUCUGGUUCAUCCAGUACCUGGUCAUCAUGGCACUUGGAAAGGCAUUGGUUUCUAGAUCUCAACCGGCAGCCUCGCAGAAUGUCACCAGUGCUGGCUCACACCUGCUCACUCGAGCCUUGCGGUUGCUUCCAGAUAUCACUCAUCUUGCAGAAGAGCCAAUCGACGCCACGGAGAUUCUGUGUGCUAUCGCACUGUACCUACAAUCAAUCGAUCAUCGAUGUGCGGCGCACAUCUACAUUGGUCAAGCAUUGCGCAUGGCUCAAUCAUACGGGUUGCACAAGGUCAUGCAACCUGGGGUGGGUAGUGAGCAACUCAUAGAGCGGUGCCGCCGAUUAUGGUGGACAGUCUACAUGUUGGACAGGCGAUUCUCUUCUUCAUAUGGAGUUCCAGCCGCUUUACACGAUGAAGACAUCACAGUGCCGGUGCCGACUGCUGGCGAAGGCGCCGACGAAGGCGCCAUUGCACGCAAGUUGUAUGUCAAGAUCUGUCAGCUGCAAGGCAGAGUGAUUAGCACUGUUUAUAGUUCUCGUGGAGAGCUGAACAAGACGUUUGUCACCAGGACACGUGCAGUUCUCAAAGGCAUAGCAGGUCUGUCAGCGGAAUUGAAGAAAUUCUCAGACAGCUGCUUUGGAGAGGUGUCGAGGAUAGCAGCCCAUGUCAACCUUGCCUAUCACCAGUGCAUUCUCGUGACAUCGAGACCUGUACUGUUCUACGCCCUCAAGCAGCGCCUCGAGGGCUCUGCAUUGUCGCAGUCCCGUCCGCUGUCUUCGACGAUGAAGGGGUUAAUACAGGUGUGUAUCGAUUCGGCUACACAAAUCGUCUCGAUCCUAGCUCAACUAAAGCAACACGAUCUUCUUGAUGUUUUCUUUCCAUUUGAUCUAGAAAGCGCCGCCUCAGCUGGAUUUGUUCUCGAGAUGGCUUCCAAAGUCCAUCCCAAACUGUCCUUUACGCGAGAAUGGUUUGGCGCUCUGAUUGAAGUGUUGGAUUUCAUUGCAUUGCACGGGAAUGUUUUGGCGACGCAGAGAAAAGCCGAGAUCGAAGAUCUUGUCAAUAUGUUGAAUGACGAAGAAGUCCAGCAGAGAGAUGCGACAAGCACGACAGCGGCGCUGACGAUGACUUCACCGGCUCAAGCACAGACUUUUGACCCUCCAAGCUUUCCCAGUCUUGGAGAUCCGUUCUUUGAUAAUUGGCAUCUUCAUGAGGCGUUGUCUGGAGGUCAGAUUAUGGAGUUGGUGACUGCUUUGGAUGUGGGCAAUAUGGGCAAUUUUGAUAUGGGAAAUACCGAUAUGCAGUGGUCAUAAAUGGAGUUAUUUACGAUGAAAGAACACUUGGAGUCUUUCUUAGGAUUUUACUUCAACAACAUUUCUCCG